CCUUAAUAGAGAAAAAAAUUAUAAAGAUUGAGUCUUGGAUACACAUUUUCAAAUGGGAAACUUUGACAAGAUUUUUAAUUUGAAAUAAAAAUGCUUUUUUUUUUCCUUUCCCAUUUUCAUGUUGCUGAAGGGUCAAGGGGAAGGGACCCAGUAUCUGUUAUUGUUGUCUUUUUUUUUUUAUUGCUAUUUGGUAAAAAAAAUGUGUUUUUCAAUUGCAUGCUUCAUUUUGAAUGAACCUAUAUUAUCUAAUCAAAAGUUUGUAUUUUUCUUUUGUGCAUUUCAAAACAUUGACUUGGAGAUUGUUGAAUGUACCAAGGAAAGUGUGUUUCUUUGAUGUUAGAAUUCAAACAUCAAGAUUUAGUAUCAGGUUCUUCUAGAUCUUGUAGAGAUGAAGAAAGCAAAGAAUAUCAGUUUGAAAGCUGAAAAGGUCCCGGUUCGAUUAACUCGUGCACGGGCUGCGGCUUUAAGUGCAACUGAACAGUUGCCACCAUUGAAGGAUGUACCGCACGAAAGUCAAAAGCAGCCACUAGGAAACAAUUCAAAAAGAGCAGUUUCGGAUGAUACAUGUCUUCCGCGUAAGAAAAGAGCUGUUUUUGGGGAUGUCACUAACAUUCGAGGCGAAAAUUCAAAGAGGAGCUGUUUAAAUCCAACUACAAUUCAGGCUAAGAAAAGGAAGCUAAUUAACCCUGCUCAAGUCAAUAUUUCGAUCAAGGUUCCGUCAGUUUCUCUGGAGCUACCACAAUUUCAAACUGGCUCAAAAGCUGAGAUAGUUAGCCAGUCAUCUGGAAUAUCUGCUCAUUCUUUGAUUUCUAAUAAUAAAGCAGCUUCGCAAACUGUUACAGCCAAGAAAGGUACUGUUUCUGAACUUCUGAACGCGUCAAAGGAUCCAGAUGUUCCUAAUAUAGAUGCUGAUAUUGAAGAUCCUCAACUAUGCAGCCACUAUGCCGCUGCUAUAUAUGACAACUUGCGUGUUGCUGAGCUGUCGAGAAGGCUUCCUCCUAACUUCAUGGAAACAGUACAGCAAGAUAUAACUUCAAGCAUGCGCGGGAUACUGAUUGAUUGGCUUGUAGAGGUUUCUGAGGAGUACAAUUUGCUAGCAGACACUCUUUACCUUACCGUGUAUCUCAUAGAUUGGUUUCUCUCCAAAAAUUACAUUGAAAGACAGAAACUUCAGCUGCUCGGCAUCACUUGCAUGCUAAUUGCCUCGAAGUACGAAGAAAUUCAUGGCCCGCGUAUUGAAGACUUCUGCUUCAUCACAGACAACACAUACACAAAAGAGGAGGUACUAAAAAUGGAAAUUCAAGUGUUGAAGUCCUCUUCAUAUCAACUGUUUGCUCCCACUACGAAAAUUUUUCUCAGGAGGUUUCUUAGAGCGGCACAAGCUUCAUACGAGAGACCUAACAUUGAGUUGGAGUACUUGGCCAAUUACCUUGCUGAACUAACAUUGAUGAGCUAUGGUUUCUUAAAUUUCCUUCCUUCGAUGAUUGCUGCAUCUGCAGUGUUUCUCGCGAGAUGGACAUUAGAUCAGUCAAGUCACCCAUGGAAUUCAACUCUUGAACACUAUGCCGCUUACAAAGCAUCGGAUUUGAAAGCAACAGUUGUUACUUUACAGGAUCUACAGCUGAAUAGCAAUGAUUGCCCUUUAACCGCGAUUCGCACCAAGUACACACAAGACAAGUUCAAAUGUGUAGCAGCUUUGUCUUCACCAAAAGUGCUUGAAACAAUGUUCUGAAGAUGAAGAAAUGAAUGCAAGAGACCCCUAAUUUGUAACAGAUAGAUGCUAUGAUGAUGUGUACAAGUCACAGAAGGAGACUUCAUCGUGUCUAAUCUAAUUCUACCUCCAAAUAUUCUUUGAUAUGUUUUGUAUAUACAUUUGUAUGACCUAUUUGGUUGGGGUUCUUGCUUAGUUAGUUGUCUGAUGUUUUGAUUAAACACCAGAAUGAAGCAAGCAUGUUGCCAAGAAUGUCUUGGAUUCAUUCAGAUUCAUAUUCAAAUGCUGUAAUUGUUGUAGCAGUGACAUGAGAUGCCUUAGACUAAUGUAGUUACUUCCUUUGGAAAUUUUAUGGUUGUUAGUUUUGGCUCA